AUGACGGGAUCUCGUAAAAUAGCCGAAGUUGGCACGGAUUUGCUGAAGAAAGUGCACAAUGUCAAAUAUCGUGUCGCUGGUAAAGGAAAGUCGCCUAUUGGCGUCUUGGUAGUUUAUCAGAAUCGCGUAGAAUGGAUCCAGAACGACGAAACUACUCCAACUUUGACUAUUCUUUACUCCAACGUUAAAAGUAAGACAAGUUUUUGAAUAAGGAUGUUUCAAGUUUAGUCCAAAGGAUUUCUCAGCCAAACAAAGACAAGGUGCAAUUACAAAUAUGCAUGAACAACGAAGAUCAAGCCACUUUCGUAUUCAUGAAGCCAGGAGUUACCAAAGAGCAAUUGACACAUGAAAGAGAUUCGAUCAAGGAAACUAUUCAGGCAGCUUUGUUGAGAUACAGACAGAUUAAUCAAGCGGUAAGAGACUUUAAGAUAUUGCACAUGGAUAUUUGUUUGAACUCGUUUUUUGUGAUUGGUUACCUAAAACAAUUUUUAUAUAUUUUGUUGUUUUCAGAAAACAGUGAAAGCAGCAAAAAGCCAGAACGAUGCAUUAGAAGCCAAAAAGAAGCUGUUAUUGGAGGACCAGCGACUUCAGAUGUUAUACAGACAUUUGGUGUCAACAAAAUUGAUUACUCCAAAGGAAUUCUGGGAUCUAAACAAGAUUCCUCAGACUUCCAAGGAUGAGUUGGGUAUUCCAAGUGGUUUUCUGAGUUCAAUCAGUCAGACUGAAGAAGGGAAUGGGAUCAGAAUGAAUCUCACCAUGGAUACGAUUCAUGCCAUUUUCAAAACAUAUCCUAUUGGUGAGUUAUUAUUAAUAUAUAGUGCUUAAAAGAGUUUUUGAGUAGUAAUGCCCAGCAUUAUUUGAUGGCAAUAUCUUUUAGUUGAGAAGAAGCACUUGGAGUUAGUACCUCACGCUAUGACAGAACAGGAGUUCUGGGCCAAGUUCUUUCAGUCCCAUUACUUUCACAAAGAAAAGGACAUGAAUGAGGAUCCUAAUGAUCCCUUCUUCGAAUGCGACAAGAAUGAUGCCAAAGAGAUCAACAACGAGAAGAACGAAGCCAGAUGUAACCCGAUUCUGGAUCUUAACUAUCUUCUGGAAGACCUGGGCAUUGUAUCGGAAAUUGUAAGUAUCUAACGCUUUUGAACAUUUUAGUUAUUAUUUUAGGUACUAAAUUUUUUAUUUAUAACAGAGCAUUUUUAUUGUUUUAAAUACAUUUUUAGCGAUCUACUGGCAACAACAAGAACGAUGAGGACGAAGAGAUUGAUAGGCUUAUCAAGAGAUGUAACUAUCAUUCCGGCAGAUUAUUAGCCGCAUUGAUGGGCCACGAACCUUCUUCUACUGAAAAUGUAAGGUUUAUAUAAAAAAAAGAGUUAAAUAUGGAACUUCAUUUUUUCUUUUUAACGGUUUAUGUUGUUUAAAAAAGUAUUAAGGCAUAUGAUUAUAUUUUCUUGCUUUCAGGCUGAUAAAAUGGAAGUAGAUGAAGAAAAACACGUCGGUUACGAGUUGAAUUUGGAGAGUGAAGACCUGGCUGAAAUGGAACAUGACAGUAGUUUUAACAAUCUCAAUGUUAAUGUCAAGAGUAAUUUAUAUACAGUCGGACCCAAAGAAUACCCUGCAGAAGACUCGAGAAGAUGGAAGAAUAAGAUGAUGAAGCUGACUGAAGAGUCGACUUGCACUGAGGUCUGUGAAUUUUGAGAAUUGUCGUUAGUAAUGACAUAUUAAUGUUGAAUAUGUUUUCUGUAAUUGACUUGUGUAAUUGUUUAUGUUGUUGUAGGAGUUUGAACAAGAGUUUUUCGACGGACUUUUGAGUAGAACUAGCAAGUCUGAAGUGCUCCAGCAGAAAGAAGACUUCUUUGCUGGACUUAAGAAACAGACUAUCCAAGAAUUGACUACGCUUUACUCUGUAACUUGGGAACUACUACGACACUUCUGGAAUUGUAUGCCUCCAGUCAAUGACGAUAUGGAGAAAAAGGUAACGUCUUGAAUAUACAGACAGUAUAUUAGACAAUACUGUAGUUCUUGUGGUUAACAACACUGAAUAACUUGUGUUUUUAUUGACAAAAUAUGUUAUUUUUACAUUAGUAUGUGACUAAGAUGUGAUUUUUCAGUUGGAUCAAAUGAACCAGACUCUUUCAAAGUUCGAACAGACCUUCUUGACAUAUUCAAAGGACAGAAUCGGGGAAAAGCACGUUUCCAGACUCUUCUUCAUGCUCCAGAAGGCCAAAGACAAGUAUACGGAGUACCAGAAAAUCAAAAAAUCUCGGGGAAAAAACAAAAUGAUCUUCGCUUAA